UCCAGGACUUCCUGACGUGCUGCUCGCAGACCCCGGCCGCGCCUCUGGAGGGACCCGGCCGGUCCCGAGCGCGCUGUUAGCCAGGGGUAGCCGGAAGAGACCGGGCACGGGGGGGAGAGCUGCAGAGGGUGGCGGAGCCCGCCACGCACGCCCAGGGAGGGCAGGGGGAGAGAGGGAGGCAGAGUUAAGCGAGGAACGCAAGGAAGUGAGCUUGGGUCCGACUUGAGCUCGGGCUUAAGACCGAGACUGGUGGGCCAGGCCCCCAAGCCGGCGUCACACCCCGUCUGAAGAAGAUAGACGGUCACAUGGCUUCGCCAUUCCUCCCUGCGGGAGCCACUACGGGCGACAGCGGCGGAGAGCUGAGCUCGGGGGACGACUCCAUGAAUGUGGAAUCCCUCCAGAGCCCGGAGACCGAGGCGUCCAGGAGCCUGACAGAGCUGUUUGAGAAGGCUGCCGCGCAUUUCCGAGGCCUGGUUCAAGGGGCCAGCAGGGAGCAGCUCUUGUACCUGUAUGCCCGGUACAAGCAGGUCAAAGUUGGAAAUUGCAAUACUCCUAAACCAAGCUUCUUUGACUUUGAAGGAAAGCAAAAAUGGGAAGCAUGGAAAGCACUUGGUGAUUCAAGCCGCAGCCGAGCAAUGCAGGAGUAUAUUGCUGUAGUUAAAAAAUUAGAUCCAAGUUGGAAUCCUCAGUCACCAGAGAAGAAAGGAAAAGAAGCAAAUACUGGUUUUGGUGGGCCAGUUGUUAGUUCUCUGUAUCACGAAGAAAUCAUCAGGGAAGAAGACAAAAACAUAUUUGAUUACUGCAGGGAAAACAACAUUGACCAUAUAACCAAAGUCUUCAAAUCAAAAAACGUGGAUGUGAAUAUGAAAGAUGAAGAGGGCAGAGCUCUACUCCAUUGGGCUUGUGAUCGAGGACAUAAGGAACUAGUCACAGUCCUGCUACAGCAUAGGGCUGAUAUUAACUGUCAGGACAAUGAAGGUCAAACAGCUCUACAUUAUGCUGCUGCCUGUGAGUUUUUGGACAUUGUUGAGCUGCUGCUCCAGUCCGGCGCCGACCCCACACUCCGAGACCAGGACGGCUGCCUGCCAGAGGAGGCAACAGGGUGCAGAGCGGUCACUUUGAUGUUACAGCAGUACACGACUGGCAAGGCUUAAUCAAAAGACUGGAAACCCACAGUCUGUAACGGCACAGGGCUUCAGUGGUGAAAGAAAACUUCAAAAAUAACACUUCCUUUGCCACCCAUCUUUGGUAUACACACUGGCUAAUAAAAUCAGUUGUGAGAAACUGGGA